GACUCAGUAGAAGUGGAGCUCUGACGAAGCCAAAGAUGCAAUUUCCGACUCCCCCGUGAUUUCACCAAGCUUGGGAAGCAACACCAGGACAGAGCACAGAGAGGAGCUGGCUGGGCAUUUGGAAAGUGGGCAGUGAGGACCUCCUGGUGAGCUUUCUCCUUCAUGUCCCUGACCUGGCAGGAGCCGCUUUAGGACAUGGAUCCCAAAGGAGCAAGAGGGACCAGGAAGCGCCGCUGAUCUGCACAGAGCCCUUUGCCUGCUGCUGCCCCACAGGGAACAGGGAGCAGCUAAGGAGUGUUGUGGUCCAUCCCUGGAUUCUCCAAGCACUGACUGCCCAUCCACUCUGACCACAGCCUGGGGCCACAUCCCACUGCCUGCCCAGCGUCCAUCCAUGGAGGUGAGCACCGUGUCCCCAUCUCCUGCCUCACCCACUGAAGGAGAGGAUCUGUGUGAUAUUGAUGCCACCGAUGCGGCCAUAGACAGUGUGACACUGCUCAUCUGCCUCUGUGGGCUGGCUGGGAAUGGGGCUGUGCUCUGGCUCCUCCAAAGGAACCCUACCACCAGUUACAUCAUCAACCUGGCCUUCGCCAACUUCUCCUUUCUCCACUUCAUGGUCCUCUCCACCCUGCUCUAUCUGCUAGAGGAAUUGUCCUGCUACACAAUCAUGCCCCUGGUGUUCAUGAGGGCACUUUUCCCACUCCUGCUCUUCUCCUACAACCUGGGGCUGUACCUGCUGACAGCCAUCAGCAUUGACAGGUGCACGUCUAUCCUCUGUCCACUCUGGUACCGCUGCCGCCGUCCCCAGCGCCUCUCAUGGGUGAUGUGUGCCCUGCUCUGGGCCCUCUGCCUCACUGUCAUUGUCACAAUGACUGCCCUGUGCCGGUCACGAGAGCAUGACCACUGCCAGGUGUCUCUCAUCACUAUGUACGCCCUCAACCUCUUCCUCUUUGCCCCAGCCAUGCUCAUUUCCAGCACAAUCCUCCUCAUUAAGUUCAAGUGUGGGUCCCAGCAGCAGCGACCCAAGAGACUCGACAUUGUUAUUUUCCUCGUUGUGCUCUCCUUCCUCCUCUUUGCUCUCCCCCUCAGCCUCUCCAAUUUCCUGCAGCAGCUCGGCUACACCGUUGUGUCCUCCCAGGUUCUUUUCCUGCUCGCCUGCAUCCAUAGCAGCACCAACCCCAUCAUCUACCUCUUGGUGGGGAGGUUCAGGAGGCCCUGCUCCGUGCAAUCCCUACGGCUCUCCCUCCAGAGGGUCGUUGAGGAGCCAGAAGAAAACACUGCCCACAGCCAUGAUCCUGCCACAGAAACAGCCUUUCCAAUCUGUUGAUUUCUUCCACUGCUCUGCUGAAGGACCUUGUCAGAGUGGCCGAGUGUUUCUUUGAGUCACCUGAUUAAUAAAUAUCCAUGGGAUCACCCUCCCUGUGGUGCUGUAAUCCUGCAGGAGAAAGGAGCAGGGGCAAUGACAGUGGCCAUGUGGGAGGGAUGCUCUGCAGGAUUCUCAUUGGAGCAUGGCUGUGCUCCUCCCUCACAGGUCCUGGAGCACUGUUCCUCAAAUGGAUCCUUCCCAACACAGCUGUGAUCCCAAAAUUCCCGCUGGCACCUGGUUCCUGCAUCCCACUGAGGUCUGAUAUCAAUAAACAGCACCAUGAACCCUGA